AUGACCAGGUCAGGAAGCGCACCCCACGCGGGGAGUCGUAGAGAUCCUCCCCCUUUCGUCGAUGGAGGUUCCAAGGCUCAACGGAGCCGUCCAUACCAUACCAUACAGUUCGUCUUCUGCAGACACCGUCCCAUCAUCAUCACUUUCCUGCUGCUGCUCCUGCCUGCUCCAUCACUGCCCCACCCGAGGCGGGCCUACCAAACCACAAGUCCCGGAGGAUCAGAAAAUUUAGAGUAG